ACAAGAGACAAAAGACAGAGGUGGAGAGAGAAAGGGUCCAAAUUGAAGAAAAGUGUGUUUUUUCCAAAUACCAUUCCAUUCUGCGUGUUUCCAUGGCGAUAAGAAUUAGAUUAUCGUUAUUAUCUUUGGUCUUCUUUUAUCUAGCAACUACAUCUAUUGGGAUUCUCGGUUCAAUUCAGCUGAAAAAGACGACGAAAUCGAACAAUCGCACCACCAGAGUCGACAAUUUCCUCCAUGAUUUGGAAUCCGAAGAUGAUGAUCAUAGAAGAAACCUCUUGGCAAAUGGACUCGGCCUUACUCCACAGAUGGGAUGGAAUAGUUGGAACCAUUUUCAAUGUCAAGUUGAAGAGAAGCUUAUAAGAGAAACAGCUGAUGCAAUUGUGUCAUCCGGGCUCGCUGCGCUGGGUUACAAAUAUGUGAACAUAGAUGAUUGUUGGGCUGAGCUUAAUAGAGAUUCAAAGGGCAAUCUACUUCCUCGUGCCUCAACCUUCCCUUCUGGAAUCAAGGCACUAGCGGAUUAUAUUCAUAGUAAAGGGUUGAAGUUAGGAAUAUAUUCAGAUGCCGGGACUCAAACAUGCAGUACAACAAUGCCAGGCUCUUUAGGAUUCGAAGAACAAGACGCCAAGACAUUUGCUUCAUGGGGAGUUGAUUAUUUGAAAUAUGACAAUUGCUAUAAUAACAACAUAGAUCCAAAGACAAGAUAUCCUAUAAUGAGCAAAGCUUUGGUCAAUUCUGGAAGACCCAUCUUCUUUUCACUAUGCGAAUGGGGGCAGGAGGAUCCGGCAACUUGGGCCAAAGGUGUUGGAAAUAGUUGGAGAACCACAGGAGACAUUAAAGAUGAGUGGGCGAGCAUGAUUUCGUGUGCUGAUGAGAACGACAAAUGGGCAUCUCAUGCCGGCCCUGGAGGAUGGAAUGAUCCCGAUAUGUUAGAAGUUGGCAAUGGAGGCAUGACAAUUAAUGAGUAUCGCUCACACUUCAGCAUAUGGGCAUUGGCAAAGGCUCCUCUAUUGAUCGGAUGUGAUGUCCGUACCAUACAAAACGAGACAUUAGAACUACUCAGCAACAAGGAAGUUAUUGCCGUGAAUCAAGAUAAACUUGGAGUACAAGGAAAGAAGGUUAAGCAAUAUGGAGAUCUAGAGGUUUGGGCGGGUCCUCUAAGUGGAAAAAGAGUGGCAAUUGUGUUGUGGAAUAGAAGUUCUUCCAAGGGAAAAAUCACUGCACAUUGGUCGGAUAUUGGACUUAAUUCCAAUUCAAUUGUGACCGCGAGAGAUUUAUGGGCGCAUAAAACGUCGAGGAAGGUCAGUGGACAAAUUUCGGCAAGUGUAGAUUCUCAUGACUGCAAAAUGUUUGUUCUGACUCCGAUAAAUCGUAUAUAAGGGUGUGUUGGGUAAAAAACAAUGAAGUGUGCUUGUAUUGCAUCGAAUAGAUUAUGAAUUAAAAUAAGGAUUGAGUAAUGCUAAUGGAAUAAGAAAAUUUCAGUUAUUAACUGCACUGCAAAUGUCAUUUUCAUUAUUUAUAACUGCUAAAA